CCAACGUAGAACACAGACAAAGGACACAACUGACACUGUAAAGGACAUUGCACAUCAGCAAGGAUAAAAUUGUUACAAUUUGAACAACACAAGAUAUCAAGCUCAAGGAAACAAAUAUACUCAAGGGAUUGAAGCAAUUGGAUAAACUUUCAAAGUUCCAAGUACAGAGAGACACCGUUAAAAGGACUAUCCUCUCCAGACACAACAACACAAUCUAAAGGCCUUGACCUCUGUAGGGAGAUUGGUGACCUCUACUCUCCGACCUCCUCCUUCUAGUCUUCUGUUGUCUGUGUGGUGCCCAGUGCUCACCAGGCAGGUCGCAAAGAAGCGGUGCGCAGCGCCAUGGUAACCCACAGCAAGUUUGACUCCGUCAUGAGCAGCAGCCCCUUCGACUCCACCAUGCGGCUGCCUCACCGUUACAAGACCUUCAGCUCCAAGGUGCAGUACCAGCUCGUCGUCACCACUCUGCACAAGCUCCAGGAGAGUGGCUUCUACUGGGGCUCUAUCAAUGGCAAGGAGGCCAACGCCAUGCUGGCCGCCGAGUCCGUCGGCACCUUCCUGAUCCGCGACAGCUCCGACAACCGACACUUCUUCACGCUCAGCGUCAAGACGGCGUCUGGCACCAAGAACCUGCGCAUCCAGUGUGACUCCGGGUCCUUCUUACUCCAGACGGACCCCAAGAGCAUGCAGGCUGUGCCCCGCUUCGACUGUGUGCUGAAGCUGGUCCACCACUACAUGCCCCCGACCAAAGGGGCUUCGCUGGUGGAGAAAAACACGAGGGGAGGGAACGCCUCCUACUACAUCUACUCUGGAGGGGAGAAGAUUCCCCUGGAGCUCCUCAAACCUUUCUCCUCCACUAUGUCCAGCCUGCAGCACCUGUGUAGGAAAACAGUCAACGGACACCUGGACAUAUCCAGCAAACGGGACCAGCUUCCUCACCCGCUCAAAGAGUUCCUGCAGGAGUACGACGCGCCCAUCUAGGCCUCUCUGGACAUGUAGUGCCUCGAUGGCAUAAGACUUGAUAAAGGUGUUAUGAAGGGGACUUGGGCCGGUGUGAGAGACAGUGUGGCAGUACCCCACAGA